AUGUCCUGGCGUGCAGUAAAGACGACUGGAACGAAUGAUAUUCCACUCGGUUCAAAACGCAGAUUUGGCGCUGCUCCAGUAGAGGAUAUGGCGCCCCCGCAGCUCGCUGCCCCAUCACCAAACGAUUUCCCUCGUAGUCGCUUCCAGGAAUCAGAGAGAGAGCGACAGUCCCAGGAUGAGCAGCGCUCCUCUGCGCCUGCGAUGCCCGAGGAGCCAAGGAAGCGUCGUAGUCGCUGGGGAGAGGCCUCGCAAAAGAUGGAACUCCCCGGUUUGCCUACAGCGAUUUCCUCCACAAACAUUUCCCAAGCCCAGCUUGACAAUUACGCGAUCCAGCUCCGUCUUGAAGAGAUUAACAGAAAGCUGAGACUCAACGAUUAUGUUCCUUCAGAGCGUGAAAGGUCUCCCUCCCCUCCCCCUACCUAUGAUUCUCAGGGUCGCCGUACUAACACGCGCGAGGUGCGCUACAAGAAGAAGCUCGAGGAAGAGCGUGUUCGCCUGGUUGAAAAGGCAUUGUCCAUUGAUCCUAACUUCCGCCCUCCCGUCGAGUAUCACCAGCAGAAACGUUCUCUUCGUCCACAGGAAAAGGUCUAUAUCCCCGUCAAAGAGUUUCCCGAGAUCAACUUUUUCGGUCUUCUUGUCGGACCACGUGGAAACAGCUUGAAGAAGAUGGAAAAAGACAGCGGCGCCAAGAUCAGCAUCCGUGGUAAAGGGAGCGUUAAGGAAGGAAAGGGAAGGCCCGACGGUUUCGCUGACGACUCGGAAGAGGACCUUCAUUGCCUUGUAAUGGCUGAUUCCGAAGAAAAGGUCCGCGCAUGUGUCCGGCUUAUUAACAAGGUUAUUGAAACGGCAGCGAGCACUCCAGAAGGUCAGAAUGACCACAAGCGUAAUCAGCUGCGCGAGCUGGCUGCACUAAACGGUACCCUGCGUGACGAUGAGAACCAGAUUUGCCAAAACUGCGGAGGCGUAGGUCAUCGCAAGUACGACUGUCCAGAGCAACGCAACUUUACCGCCAACAUUAUCUGUCGCAUUUGUGGGAGUGCAGGUCACAUGGCCCGCGAUUGCACGCAACGACCGAAUCCUAAUGGCAACUUUAUGAGCCCAAAUGGUCCACCAAUGAACGGGAACAACGCGCUCGUGCGAGGCUCUGCGGGAGGACCAGGUGGCUAUGUCGAUUCCGAGUUCGCUAACCUGAUGGCGGAGCUGGGCGAGACAGCAGCAGCAGCAAGUGCAGGCUCUGGAAGCGCUCCAUGGGGUCAAAGUGGAGGUAUAGGCGAAAUUCCUGCCGGUGGAACGUCUGUCCCUCCAUGGCGUCGACCAGAGGUAUGGUUGCAACCCAGCGGCGGACAGAGACCCCAACAGGGCGGUCAGAGCUAUCCUGGAGGCUACGCAGGUUACGCCGGCCAAGGUUAUGGAGGAUAUGGUGCAAAUGCGUGGCAACAGGCUGGGUACGGCCAGCAAGGGUAUGCUGGCUACUACUGA